AUGACGUCAGCCCUCGACGACGAAGAUCUCUCGCUCUCCAUGGGCACACGCCGCGGCUCCCGAGACCCUCGCGAUCCACCACCACCCGCCUCGCACGCUCAAGGACAAGCACAAGCACCCGCUGUCCCCAGCAUGUCUCAACUUGGCCCUUCGGUUCCCGUGGUCCGCACGCCGGCCGCCAAUGGCACCGGCAAGGCCACCGUCCGCCUCGGACAAUACAACGUAAUCAAGACACUCGGCGAGGGCUCCUUCGGCAAGGUGAAGCUGGCGACGCAUGUCAUUAGUGGACAGCAGGUCGCAUUGAAGAUCAUCUCCCGCCGCAAGCUCGUCACGCGCGACAUGGCCGGCCGCAUCGAGCGCGAGAUCCAGUACCUGCAGCUCCUGCGCCAUCCGCACAUUAUCAAACUGUACACUGUUAUCACCACGCAGCAGGACAUCAUAAUGGUGCUCGAGUACGCGGGAGGCGAGCUGUUUGACUACAUUGUCAAGCACGGCAAGAUGCCCGAGGCCAAGGCCCGCAAGUUCUUCCAGCAGAUUGUCUGUGCGGUCGAAUACUGCCACCGCCACAAAAUUGUGCAUCGCGAUCUGAAGCCGGAGAAUCUGCUGCUCGAUGAGAACMUGAACGUGAAGAUUGCGGACUUUGGCUUGUCGAACAUCAUGACCGACGGCAACUUCCUCAAGACGAGCUGCGGCAGUCCCAACUACGCCGCUCCAGAGGUCAUCAGUGGUAAGCUGUAUGCAGGUCCGGAAGUCGACGUGUGGAGCUGCGGCGUCAUUCUCUACGUGCUGCUUGUCGGCCGUCUACCGUUUGACGAUGAGUACAUUCCCGCCUUGUUCAAGAAGAUUGCACAGGGCAACUACUCGGUCCCGUCGUACCUCACCGAAGGUGCAGUGCAUCUCAUCAGACGUAUGCUGCAGGUCAACCCGGUCAACAGAAUCACGAUCCAAGAGAUCAGAAACAACAACUGGUUCAAGACCGAUCUGGCUGACUACCUUGAGCCUCCCGUCGAGGACUUCCUGGACACCGGUGUCGACCCUAACAAGGCCAUCGAUCCCCACAGCCUUGCUGCGAGCAAGCCAGUCGCUGAGCGAGAGCAGCUUCAUGUAAGUGUCGUCGGCAAGCUUGGCAAGACAAUGGGCUAUGCCCCAUUGGAUGUUCAAGAGGCUCUUUCCAAGGACGAGCCCAGUGCCAUCAAGGACGCCUAUCUCAUUGUGCGCGAAAACCACCUCAUGAAGAACAAUCCUUCUGUCAUCGAUGCUCAGCCGGAGUUUCCCAACUCUCCCCCAGCAGUCUAUCCGUUUCCUUCUCACUUGACAGAGUCCACGCGUGCUCGAGCAUCAGCUACCCAGCCGCGUCGCAUGGCUCCUAGCGCACCACGGGAGGCCACCGGUAGGCACAAUUCAAAUGCUUCCAUCCAGUCCCCAAUCGACACUCGCUCGCCAAUCUCUACUGUCGCUAUAUUGCCGUCAUCGCUUCCCGACUACCACAGUGCCUUCAUGAAAGGCCAAAUUGACAAGUCUCAUUCUCCCGCCACGGCGGAGGACGAUCCAUCCCGUCCACGUACCAAAGAGGAGCAAGACGCCACGGCUCGGCACCUCAAGCCGCACACAAAGAGCGCUACCAACAUCAGUCGCGCUGCCCAUGAGAAGCCCGAGCCAAUGACUAGCCUUCCAGCGGGUCACCACGGCAAGGAAAAGUCCAAGAAGUCUCGGACCACCAAGUGGCAAUUCGGCAUCAGAAGCCGCAACUCGCCAUCAGAGGCGAUGCUUGCCAUUUACAAGGCACUGCAGAACAUGGGUGCAGACUGGGAGGAGCCAAAGAUCAAGGACAUGAACGCUCCGGGCAGCGGCGGAUCGAGCCCGGAGAGAAACGACGACAGAACUCGCAGCAACAGUCCAGAGUACAGUGACUCUGAUCCAGGAUCCGGAACGGAUCCCGAGUAUGCCACGCAUGAGGAGCAGGAGGCACGUCGUGCGAAGCGCCGCUCCGUUAAGGACAGUGCAGCCCAGCUUCGUGGACGCAAGCGCCACGGUCGCUGGAACAACUGGGGCUACGAUCUCCCCGACGAUCCCUGGGUCAUCAAGGCACGCUUCAAGAAGGACGGCAUGUUUCCAAAGGGCAUCCCGCAUCCCACCUCAGCCCACAGCUCUCAGGUGAACUUGCACGACCGACGCCAGAGCGCGGCCAUGACCAUGACUCCAGGAAACGGUAUCGCCUCGCAUUCGUCAAGCGUCGCUGGCAGUACGGAAAACGUCGCUGCUACUGGCCCCGCUUCCAUGGCUCCCGGUUCUGUAGACUCGGCUCAAAGCGGCAGCACCACCAACGACAUGCAGCGGAUGGAGCACUGCUUCGUCUACGUUACCAUUCAGCUGUAUGCUAUUGAGAAGGACUUUUAUCUGGUGGACUUCAAGUGCGCCGGCUACGAGCGACUGGUGAAGCGAUUCGAACGUGAAGUGAACGGCAGCAAUGAGAGCGACGUUGUGCGUGUCGAUCAUGCUCCUCCUGGCUACGAUGCGGGUGACGACUAUGAGGUUGACGAAGACAACGAUGAGCUGAUUGGCGUUGGCGCACCUCAGGACGUCAAAGAUAUUACUAGUCCCUUUCCCUUCCUGGACGUGGCCAGCAAACUCAUCAUUCAGCUCGCUUCAUCUGGAGAUUAG